GUUAGGAACCGGAUUUAGAAUCCCCUUUACACCACCCCCCCCAGCGGACCCCGAAGAAACGUUUAGACGAGAAUGGGCGCUCUCGUGAAGCUGAUCGACGCCAUCCUCUUCCUCUUCUUCCUCCUGAUGGCCAUCUGCGCGCCUCUGUUCGACGCCCAGGCGUGCCUUCCCGAGACCCUCUUCCCAGACGUCCUGCUUGACCUCAAGAAUUGGUACAGCAGCCGGGUGGGCGACUAUCUCGUCGCCGAGAAGCCCCUCUUCUUCGUCGGCUUCGUCUGGCUCGAGAUUCUGUUCCUGUGGCCGCUCUCCAUCCUCAAUCUGUACGGGAUCUUUGCCGCCAAGUCUUGGUUCAACACCACCUGCUUGAUCUACGGCGUCUCAGUGGUGACUUCAAUGGUUGCUAUACUGUCGGAAUUGACUGGGUCCGGUAAAGCAUCAGAUAACCUGCUGAUGGUGUACUUCCCCUUCUUGGGACUCAGUUUGCUGGCCUUUCUGCGGGGUCUGCUGCCAUGUUCUACCAAGACUACAUCGUCCAUCAGCAAGAGACAUGCAUUCGCAAGGAAAAAGAGGGCUUGAGAUACAACACUGCGCUGUGGACGCCCUGCGCUUUGUAACCAAUUCCAGAUCCAAUUCCUUUCUUUUCAGUGAUAUCAGAUUGAAAAUGCCACGAGUUAGGACAUUUUCUGAACUUGGGGCUGCCUUUUAUGAGAUUUUGAACUGAAAGCCAUUGCACGUUGGAUUUUAACUCAUCAUCUGGGAAGAACUAGGUUUGGCAGCACUUUUUUGCUCGCUCACCUGAAAUAACUUUUAUUGUACCAAGAUUGCUUGUGCCGGCAGCAGAUGCUGCAAUUGCUUAUGCUGGCAGCAGAUGCUGCAAUUACUUAUGCUGCUGAUGAGUUGAUUGGCGUACAAUAUGACAUUGAUUUGAUUGUCAAUUUCUCAAUCUAGAACGGUUUAAAUUUGCUAUUUGAUUGAUUUCUCUCCAGACUCUGAAUCUCUUGUUCAUUGCUUGUAAAUCUGGAGUUAUCAGGAAUUGCUCUCUUGAAGUUGAAAUUACGGC